UCUCUCCAUUCUCCACCCUCCCUCCAUUUCUGCACCAAACCCACAAAGCAGUAGUAUCCUCUCCUGAAUAAUUCCACAUUUCUUUCAACGUCUCUUGCGCUCAAAUCAAAUUAACUGCUAAAACCCAUUUGAAACUGAAGAUGUUGCAAGAUAUGUGGAAUGCACCUCCUGGAUUCAGACCCACGAAAUCCGCUCCUUCAUCUCCUGCUAAGCCUCUCGGGGUCUCCAGAACUCGCUCUGAAUCCUUCCAUGUCGCUCACAAAGUCCCAGUGGGUGACACCCCUUACGUCAGAGCCAAAAAUGUCCAAUUAGUGGAUAAGGAUCCAGAAAAAGCCAUACCAUUAUUUUGGGCAGCCAUUAAUGCUGGAGAUAGAGUAGAUAGUGCUUUGAAAGAUAUGGCAAUUGUAAUGAAGCAGCAGAAUAGGGCAGAAGAAGCUAUUGAAGCUAUUAAGUCACUGAGAAGUCGGUGUUCUGAUCAAGCUCAAGAGGCUCUCGACAACAUCUUGUUAGACCUCUACAAGAGAUGUGGGAGAUUGGAUGACCAGAUAGGAUUGUUAAGGCAUAAGUUAUACUUAAUUCAACAAGGAAUGGCCUUUAACGGGAAGCGCACAAAGACAGCAAGAUCUCAAGGGAAGAAAUUUCAGGUGUCUGUUGACCAAGAAGCCACCCGAUUACUGGGGAACCUGGGAUGGGCAUUAAUGCAGCAAAACAACUAUAUUGAAGCUGAAGAUGCUUACCGGAGGGCAUUAUUGAUUGCACCGGACAAUAAUAAGAUGUGCAAUUUGGGCAUCUGUUUAAUGAAACAAGGGAGAAUAGCUGAGGCCAAAGAGAAUCUCAGGAGAGUCAAACCAGCAGUGGCUGAUGGCCCUAGAGGCAUCGAUUCACAUCUUAAGGCUUAUGAGAGAGCUCAGCAAAUGCUCCGGGAUCUUGAGUCUGAGAUGAUGAAUAAAGGUGGAGAUAGGGUAGAACAGAGCAAGUUGUUUGAUGCAUUCCUGGGUUCUUCAGCAAUCUGGCAGCCUCAGCCUUGUAAAGAGCAGAGCAAUGUGUCGACUGCAGAUUCUUCUAAUCACCACCGGGACGAAUAUGCUGAUGAGAAUAUCAGUUCUAACCUAAUACAGAACCAAAUGGUUCCUCCUGUACAGAAAAAUGUCAAAUCAAGUGUUGUUUAUGGGAAUUCACUCAACAUUGAUGCACCGCCAUUUUAUUUUUCAAAAUCUUCCAAGGAUCCAAUCGGUUCUCAGUUUCCAGAAACACUCAAGAGAACAAGAUCUGGAAAUGCUGCUAACUCGGCUAGAGCAAAGACAAUGGGAGAGUUGAUGAUGAUAUCAUCCCUAGAGCCAGAACAAAAGGUCCGAAAGCAAUCAAUUUCGCCAGAGAAAGAUUCCGAUAGGCUGGCAGAUUUGCUACCAGAUAGCAAGGACUUUGAAGAGGCAAUACUAGCCGCGGUAUUAGGUUCAGGCGAUGAGUCUGGGAAAUUUUUGGAAUCCAGGAAUGAUGCAGGAGUAUCUCAGCAAAAGGUUGAUAAAAGGUUGAAGGUCUUUCAGGACAUCACGCUGUCUUUGAGUCCAAGGGCUUAACUAACAUAUUAGCCAUACAGCAGCAGCUAAUUGAAUAAUUUUAUUUUAGGUUUUAUCCAGUCUUAGCUUGGAGAUGAACUUUUUCUCCUCAACUCAUAUUUCUCAAUAAGGGAGUAUGUCUUACUUGGUUCUACUUGUUCUAAAAUAGGUUAAAUUAAUAUCGAGGUUAACAGUCCUAUUUAUUAAACUUUGCCUUGUGGCGGCUUGAUGUAACAAUUAUUUUGACCUCACUUUCCCAAUAAAAUUCUUCCUUUCAUGCUUA